UCCUCCACGGGCCCCGGCCGGAGCUGAGCGAGGCGAUGUUCCCGGCGCCGCCCGCCAGCCGCCCUUCCAGCCCGCCGGCCGCGGCUGCCCCUGCGCCGCCGCCGCCUCCGCCUGGCGAGGCCCCCGCGGGCGAGGCGGAGCUGGGCGGCUGCAGCAAGGAGGAGCUGGUGCGCCGCUUGCGCCGCGAGGAGGCCGAGAAGCUGGCGGCGCUGGUGCAGCGCGGCCGCCUGAUCCAGGGCGUGAACCGGCAGCUCCAGGAGCAUCUGCGCGAGAUCCGCGAGCUGAAGGCGGUGAACGGGCGGCUGCAGGCGGAGAACCGCGAGCUGCGCGACCUCUGCUGCUUCCUGGACGAGGACCGGCUGAAAGCCAAGCGCCUGGCCCGCCACUGGCAGCUCUUCGGGCACCACGCGGCGCAAGUGCUGCGCGACGAGGUGGCCGCCUGCCUGCGCAAGCUGGCCGGCCUGGAAGGGCUGCAGGAGCGGCUGGCGCAGGACAACCUGGAGCUGAAGGAGCUCUGCCUGGCGCUGGAGGAUUGCGCCGCCGCCAGCGCCGCCGCCGCCGGCGCCCGCCCCGACGCCAGCCCCAGCCCGGGCGGAGGCUCGUCCGAGCUCAGCCUGCCUUGCGGACCCCGCGAUCUGGGCGACGGCAGCUCCAGCACCGGCAGCGUGGGCAGCCCCGACCAGCCGCACCCCGCCUGGUCCCCCGACGAGUGAGGCUGCCGGCGGGGCUGGGGCUGACGCGCCCGACGGACGGACGGACGGCAGCCCGGGAGCGUGGGAACCCCGCGGAGAGGAAGAAGGGAGGAGAGGAAGGAGGCAAUCCACACACAGAGACAGACACAGACAGACACACACACACACACACACCCUCUCUUUCCCGGUAUUUAACUUCGAUUCCAAGUCUGUUGCCAACGCAGCCAGCUUCUGGAUGACACAAUACUCUUCGGCGGGGAACUUUUUUUAAAAUUCAGUUAGAAGGUGUAAAGGCUGGUGGGCAAAUGCUGGCUCCCCAGGCUUUUGGGUGACCUGUGUAGGUUUCUGAUCUUUUCCCCCCCCCCCCGAGGUGUCUCUUCUGGGGAAGAACUCGAACCCGCCACCCUGCUGGCCAGUCAGUUCCUUUGAAGGCAGCUGAGCAGCAGAAGCAGGAUCCUUGCGGGUCAAAGAACGAAGACUCUCCUUCACUAACCUAAUGAGGAAUUUUUAUGGCUAAAUCCCCCCCUCUUCCCCCCCCUUUUCCCCCUUGAAUGAGAGUAGCAAGGUUUGGGAGUCUCACAGGAGUCUUUCGAAAGCCGCCCCUUGGCUUAACUUGGCCUGUGGACUUCCCCCCCCCCCAUCCAGAUGGAAACACAGGCGGUUUGGAUGGGGUCGCCUUGCUGGCUUCCUCCACCGAGGUGAAGAAUUUCUCUGCAUAUCCUCGGGAUGGCCUGCCCUGCAGGAUGGUUGUUAGGCGGAAUUGAGGAGGAGACAGAUCUGCCUGGAUUCUGAUUUCCUGCAGGACAAAUGAGAGAGAAAAUCCGAGAAGCCGUUUGCAAAUUUGGUGGAAACUUUGCAAAAAAAAAAAGGAUUCACCAUUUUGUAGCUUUCUUCUCGCUGUCUGGAACCGGCGUUCACGAAUGUGGUUAUCGCUUGAAUUUGGACAGGAUUUUUUUGGGGGGAGGGAAAAAAGCAUCUGAUUCCUUGGCACUUUCUCCCCACUCUUGUUGACUCCCAAUUUUAAUCCCUGCAAGAGCAGAUCUGGAGGAACCACAGAAAGAGAUCUACGGGGAUCAUAGACUCCAAAAAAAGAAAGGACUUUUAAAAGGCUACUGAAUAAACCCUUUUUUCUGAAUUCCUGGAAUACGAUGGAUCAUACACAAAACAAUGGGUUAAGCUAUGGACAAGCUAAAUCUGGGUGCAAAAUACUGUAAAAACUGCAGCCGUGUUGGGAGACCUGGCAGACAGGAUGUGCAAAUUUAGGGUGCAUUGCGUUUGGAAGGACAGAUUCCCGUUUAUCCAUCCAUCCAACUGGGUCCCCUACAGGGGGGGGGGGAAUUGCCAAACUAUUUCAAAAUGUUGUUAUUCCCUGGCUUAAAGGUUGAGCCUGUUUUUACAUAGCAGUGCUGAGACUUGCACUCCAAAACUGGGUGGGGAAAAUAAGAAUUUUAUGGGUGCCUUUUGUGAUUCAAAGAUACCCCAGUUUUAAGAGUUUGGGCGCACAAGGUUGCCAAUUAAGCCAAGAUUUGCAGCCUUGAAAUAGAUCCCUGCACUUUUCGAAGUUCUGCUAGUGUUGAAAUCUUCCUUGUUUUCCCUCCCCCUUCUAUCCAGGGAAAUUAAGAGGGGGGGGGCGUUGAAUUUCGAUAGAAUAUGUGCGGGGGGCGCGCGUCCCCCAUUUUCUUUCUUUCUUUCUGAUGAGCAAUAUUUCAAAGAUCCAGCUUUGGACCCCAAAGGUGGAGCUCGAAAGGAGGGUGGACUGUGGAACUCCUUGCCACUUGGCUGUCGUAUGUGCCAAAAUGAAAUUUUAGGGCAGGUUAUGGCUUGGGGUUUUAUUUUUCUGGGUGCCCAUUCACCCCAGAGAGGGCAGAGGGAAGGGCUGGAAGAUUGCUCGGGGGAGGGGUGAAAAAUGGGGAAAGCACCAGCUGCAGGUAGUCCUCGACUUAACGGCCGCAACUGAGCCCAAAAUUUAUGUCAUUGCUAAGUGAGAAAUUCGUUAAGUGAGUUUGGCCCCCUUUGACGACCUGCAAGUUUUAAGUUAGUCUGUCUUCCCUCUUGACUUUGCUGGUCACAAGGUCUCCAAAGGGGAUCCCACCGGGACACUGCGACCGUCAUAAAUGUGCUUCAGUUGCCAAGCAUCCGAAUUUUGAUCACCUGGUCGUUAAGUGUGAAAAGCGGUCAUUCCAUCACUUUUUUUCGGUGCCGUCGCGAUUUGGAACGGUCCCUGGCCAGAUUGCAGAAAUGCCUGUGUCAGCGAAAGAGGGCUGUUUUCCUUUUAAAUAGAAAUAAAACGACAUUACUGGUCACCAGCCAGAGAGAGGCCCUUUCCCCAAAUUCUUGCGUACGCCCCUGUUGUAUUGCCAAUUGUUUUCGGGUUUUUUUUUUUUUUUUUUCAGUCAGCCCUGAGCGAAGCUGGGUGGCAGGAUUUUUUUUUUAAAAAAGAGGAAACAACAUCUGGCUGAAUUGAUAACGCCUGGACAAAGGCAAAGGGGCCUCUUUGGAAAAGCGGAGGUCGGAUUCUUCCUCUUGAAAGUGAGAAUGUUAAUAAAUAUCUUUAAAAAAAACAAAAAA